AUGGCCGGCCUUUUCGAAGCCCCGCGCAACGCGGGCACCCUUUUCCUCGGGGGCACCAAGAUCAGCGGGCCGGACAUUCGAGAGCAAAAUGUCCUGGCAACACAGGCGAUAGCAAAUGUGGUCAAAUCGUCGUUCGGGCCUUCUGGGUUGGACAAGAUGAUGGUGGACGACAUCGGUGACGUGACGGUGACCAACGACGGGGCGACCAUCUUGAGUCUGCUUGACGUGGAGCAUCCGGCCGGCAAGAUUCUGGUUGAUCUUGCACACCAGCAGGACAAGGAGGUGGGAGAUGGAACGACAUCGGUUGUGCUCAUCGCGGCCGAAUUGCUCCGGCGAGCCAACGAGUUGAUGAAGAACCGGAUCCAUCCGACCGUCAUAAUCACGGGCUACCGUCUCGCCCUGCGCGAGGCGGUCAAGUACAUGCAGGAAAACAUCAGCACAAGAGUGGAGACGCUGGGGAGGGAAAGCCUGAUCAACAUUGCAAAGACAUCGAUGUCGAGCAAAAUCAUCGGUGCCGACGCCGACUUCUUCGCCAACAUGGUGGUCGACGCCAUGCAGUCUGUCAAAUCGGUCAACCCGCAAAGAAACGAGGUCAAGUACCCGGUCAAGGCGGUCAACAUCCUCAAAGCCCACGGAAAGAGUGCGACCGAGUCGAUACUAGUCAAAGGAUAUGCGCUGAAUUGCACGGUUGCCUCGCAGGCCAUGAAGACCAGGAUAACCGACGCCAAAAUCGCUUGCCUCGACAUCAACCUGCAAAAGGAACGGAUGAAGCUGGGUGUUCAGAUCACAGUCGAAGACCCGGAUCAGUUGGAAAAGAUCCGCGAAAGGGAAGCCGGCAUUGUUCUCGACCGGGUCGAGAUGAUCCUGAAGGCCGGGGCGAAUGUGGUCUUGACCACCAAGGGGAUCGAUGAUCUCGUUCUGAAGCUGUUUGUGGAGCGUGGGUGCAUGGCCGUGCGGAGAUGUAAAAAGGAGGAUCUACGACGGAUAGCAAAAGCCACGGGCGCCACGCUGAUCAGUACGCUUUCGGACAUGAACGGAGACGAGAAAUUCGAAAAGGAAUAUCUCGGCCAUGCAGACGAAGUGGUGCAGGAACGGAUAUCCGACGACGAAUGUAUCCUCGUGAAGGGAACAAAGGCCUUCUCGUCUGCAUCGAUUAUCCUGCGGGGUUCGAAUGACUAUCAACUCGACGAAAUGGAGCGGUCAGUCCACGAUUCGUUAUCGGCCGUCAAACGAACUCUGGAAUCUGGCAGCAUCGUUCCCGGUGGCGGUGCGGUCGAGACGGCAUUGCACAUCUAUCUCGAAGAGUUCGCCAUGACCGUUUCGUCGCGAGAACAGCUGGCAAUCGGCGAGUUCUCCCAGUCUCUGCUCAUCGUUCCCAAGACAUUGGCUGUCAACGCCGCCAAAGAUGCUUCGGAACUCGUGGCCCAAUUGCGCGUUCGCCAUGCUCUCAGCCAGAGAGUGCAGGAAGGCGAUGCUAAUGAGAGGGAAAAGGAUCUCGAGAAGAAGAAACAGUACAAAAACUAUGGCCUCGACCUGACUAAAGGCAAGGUCACCGACGUCGUCAAGAUGGGUGUGCUGGAACCCAGCAUGAGCAAGGUCAAACAGCUCAAGAGUGCUGUCGAGGCUUGCAUUUCCAUCAUGAGAAUAGACACCUUGAUCAAGCUAGAUCCCCCGGAGCAAAAAGAAGAUGAUGGUCAUGGACAUUGA